AAGAUCACGCUAUAAUUAUGUGGACACUGCAUGCACUUAAUACGAGCGUUCCAUUGAAUAGGCUUACUGAAUAGAUCUGAGCGCGGAUCGGCGGCGGCAGCGCACCAUCCUACCAUCAGAGUGCGUCUUUACCAUCAGAGCGCGUCUUUACCAUCAGAGCGCGUCUUUUGCGCGUUGCGCACUGUGAUUAGAAAUUCACCUCCUCUAUCAUCGGGGAAAUCUUCGGGAAGCGAAGAGUGGUGCUCGGCUGACAGGACAGGGAUCGAUCCCCAAUAACGACCGAGCAGAGCAUAAGGGCUUAAACAUAAAGUUAUUCGGAUCCAGGCUUCCUCUCUCCGCCUCGCCGGUGCUCUUUCUCCCGGUUUCUAGCAGCAGACAGAAGCGCCACGGAAAGUCCAGCUCGGAAAAUUCCAGCAAAUCCGACGACCAUAAAGUGUAAAAAUGAUCUUUCCUCAGACUGUCCUGAAAUAAGCUUCUUUCUGUUCCGGUAUCAGAGGAGGAAAUCGAGCUGUAGUCCCUCUCCCACUUAUUUUUGGAAACUUUUGGUCUGAAAGAAGAAAAUGGGUCUUUGAGGCUGUUGGCAAUAUUCCCCGCUCCACAAUGGCUACUGAAACUUAUAUGGUGAACGAAGACCCUCCCAGAGGUCCUGGGAUGCCAGAAUGCUUCGUCGUGUCUGAUUCCUACAGGGAUGAGUUCCAUCCGUUCAUCGAGGCACUUCUGCCACAUGUCCGCGCCUUCUCCUACACCUGGUUCAACCUGCAGGCGCGCAAGCGCAAGUACUUCAAGAAGCAUGAGAAGCGCAUGUCGAAGGACGAGGAGAGGGCGGUGAAGGAUGAACUGUUGGGCGAGAAACCCGAGAUCAAGCAAAAGUGGGCAUCGCGCCUGCUGGCCAAGCUGCGCAAAGACAUCCGGCCCGAGUUCCGCGAGGACUUUGUGCUCACCGUGACCGGAAAGAAGCCACCGUGCUGCGUGCUCUCCAAUCCCGACCAGAAGGGCAAAAUCCGCCGCAUCGACUGCCUCCGUCAGGCCGACAAGGUUUGGAGGCUCGACCUGGUCAUGGUGAUCCUGUUUAAGGGCAGCCCGCUGGAGAGCACGGACGGCGAGCGGCUGGUCAAGUCGCCGCAGUGCACCAACCACGGGCUCUGCGUCCAGCCGCACCACAUCGGCGUCUCCGUCAAAGAGCUCGACCUGUACCUGGCCUACUUCGUUCACUCACCAGCAGAAUCUGGACAAUCAGAGAACUCAAACCAGCAAGGAGAAGCAGACGUCAAGCCGCCACCCAAUGGCCACUUGAGCUUCCAGGACUGCUUUGUGACUUCAGGCGUGUGGAACGUGGCCGAGCUGGUCCGCGUGUCGCAGACUCCGGUUGCCACGGCUACCGGUCCCAACUUCUCCCUGGCCGACCUGGACAGUCCUGGAUAUUACAACAUCAACCUGGGUCGGCGUUCCAUUACGUCCACCCCAUCGACCAGGACUGAGAUGGAGCUGUACGGCAGUCUCCCUCGGAGCUCAAACAAGCGUAAGUCGAUCGAUGACAGUGAGAUGGAGAGCCCAGUGGAUGAGGUGUUCUACUCGGGACGCUCCCCUGCACCAGGUGGCUCACAACCCAGCGGCUGGCCUAACGAUGUUGAUGCAGUGCAGCACCAUUUGGCCAGUAUGCAGGAGAGGAAGAUUAAGCAUGAGAACGAUGGCGUGCAGUUUCCUUACCAUGGACUCUCGUCGCCUGGUUCCCUUAAGAAGCCGGGGAAAUUCGAUUUCAGCGCUCUGUCCGGCCAGACGAGGUCUGCUCGCAUGCCGUUCACCCACCACCCACUGCCCAUGCUGGCAGGAGUGAGACCAGGAAGCCCCCGGGCCUCAGCCUCCUCUCUGCCCUUCCCUUCUCCCUCCAUCAUCCAGCAAUCCAGCCCUUACUUCACCCAUUCUACCAUCCGCUACCACCACCACCCGGGGCAGGACCCACUCAAGGAGUUUGUGCAGUUUGUGUGUGCUGACGGAUCCGGCCAGGCGGGAGGUCAGUCGAACGGGAGUGGCCAGAGCAAAAUGCCCGGCUCCUUCUUGCUGCCUCCGCCACCCCCCGUGGCACGUCCAGUGCCCCUUCCCAUGCCCGACUCUAAACCCAGCAGCAUGCCCCUCGAUGGCGGACUCACCUCACCCGCAUCUCCGUCAUACUCCACGCCAGGCUCCACAACUCCCAACAGGUUUGUCAGCAUCGGAUCACGGGACAACAACUUUCUAAAUAUCCCCCAGCAGACACAGUCUUGGUUCCUCUGACAAAUCCUGCCCAUCAACAAGCAAUUUAAUCCUGUCACUAUAUUUUGGGAUCUGUAAAAAGAUGAAAAAAAAAAAAAAAAAAUGAAAUUGCCCUCUGACCCUCUUGGCUCAAGUGAACAACAACGGGAACCAGGAAAUCUUCAUAUUAUCUGGAAUCCUCUGAUCCUACACAGUGUUUUUUGGCGAUGAACCUUCCAAUUUUUUAACAAGAGGAUAAUGUGACGUUUUAAAGGAAAGCGUGGAGCACGUCUCUGAAAAACUACAGAAACCACAACAACAACAACAACACAAAGGAAAAAUUGAAUCGUUACAUAGGUGAUGUGUUGUUCAGUGGCUGGGGACAUUAAACAUGGUAAGGUUAUGUUUUAGAAAAACAGCAGGAUGGUAAAAUGUUGACAUUUUCAGUUCCAGGAUAAAGAUCUAAUGCCUCCCAUCCUAACAGCUUCAAUUGUUCAGUCGAAUUCAAUAGAGAAACUUUUCUUAUCUCAAUUUCCAGCUUAAUCAAAAACAACAAAUCAGGCAAAAUAAGAUGAAUCUAUUGCACUACAUAAAGGAAAAUCCAGAAAAUGAAACACUACUCUCACGCCCACUAAUGAAAAAUAAUAGGCAGAGAAAAAUGUUUGCACAAAAUCUAUUUAUGUGAACACAAAAGUGGAUGUCGCACACUAAACCUAGGAAGACGUUGGUCCACCUAGCCGGCAUUGUUUUUCCAUGCUGAUGCAGUAAAACACAUGUUUGCCACAUGCUACAUGUAGACAAAAACUACCUGUAGUGUUAGUCCAAUCAAAAGGAAUCAAAUUCAGCCUGCCAUUCGCUCUCAGUGCCAAUUGAAUACCAAUUGUAGUCUGUUUACGGGAAGUCAGACCCCUAAACAUGUACGUAUUACUGCCGUGUCUCUGAGCUACUGCUAACUGGUACACCUUAAAAAACAUCCAGGAGUUUUAUUAUUAUUAUUAUUUUGGGUCUUGUCUGAUUCUAACAUUCCAAAUUACUACACCUAUCAUCUUUAGAGAUGUAAGGUGUGUUAUUAGCAUAUUUUGCUUAUUGAGAAGUAUUUAAGCACUUUUAUAGGCUUUGAUUUUUAGUGCCUAUGAUGGGAACUAGCACAAAAAGCAAUGCUUAACUAAUGCUAAGCAUUUACUCACAAUUAUGAAACUGACCUUGCCUUGUCUUACAUAUGUGUUAUGAACAUUUGGCCUACUGUCAGCCACUCUUAUAUUUUUCUUCUUGUAUUAUUUAAUAUAGUAAACAAAUGCUUUAGCAACAACUAAGAUAUAAAAGCAAUAACAGAAAUACACAGUGAUUCCUUUGCUAGUAGUUCUAGCAAAUAUAACUGUGUUAAUAGUUGAUGAAAAUCAUCAGUGACAACGAUUAUAUUAAUAAACUCCUGAUAAUCAUUUUUUGCUAGUUGAAGAAAUCAAACAAUGUGUUACUCCCAAUAAACAAGUAGCUCAAUCAUUGUUUAUAAAUUUAAAAUAAAUAAUCUUAAGAUGAAAAUUGGUGUCUGGGUGGUGCAGCAGUUUAAUAUGCCAGUCCAGCCUGGUCGGGCGCUCCACAGACACAAUUGGCCUUGUCUGAGGGAGGGAAGGCCAGUCAGGGUAUCGCCUCCAGAAAUGGUACAAAUGGAUGUCAUGCAUGAGGCAGAGGUUGACGUUGCUUUUAGGAAUUGAACAUGUCAAAAUCAGUUACAAGCUUGUCUUGUAAUAUUAGAAUUGGUAAUGGUUUUAAUUUUAAUCUUUUUAAGCACUUUAUUUACUUCUCAAUGAGUAAAUUAUGCAGAUUUUUCAAAAAAUCUACAAAAAAACACAGCUAGACCCCAGUCCUCUCUGUACUGUUUACUCUCCCAGACGGCGGUGUUCCAAGAACCAGAGUCCUCGCUGUGGAGCAAAAGAAUGUAAAAUAUAUUGUAGUUCUGCUCAGAGAGAGUGGGGUACGUGUCGGUCAUUUCGAUUGGACUUUACUCUGUCUGCUAUGUACAAACUCCACGUAAUGAAAUGCCAUGUUUACCCAGCUUCAUCAUUUUGCAACGAGAAAAGCUGCCAGCUCAGAACACAGCAUCAAACUGAUAAUAAACACACACACACACACACACACACAUGAGCUGUACUGCUCAGAACAAAACCAUAUAACAAAACCACCGCUUUUAAAUUACACAGACUGAACCUGAGUUAAAAAUACUACCGUAAUCGUGUUAGGGAUUUCAUAUAGAGAACAUAUCAAUCUCACAAAAUAACUGGACUGCCUUAUUACAUAUCGCACUGCAGGGAAGCAUCGUGGCCUUGGUGGUCAUCAGCUCAGUAGAGGACCAGCAGCGCUAAAUGAGAAUUAACCACGGCCAUGGUCUUUUCUUUUCAAAUCGAUGGAAGUGCCUCUGUAUUCCCAUUAUGCAAUUUGUUAAACAUGAAUUCAGGUCGUCGCUCUUUUUUUCCACAUAUAAGCUAUAAGAAGGGAGAGAUUUUUAUGUCUUGAGCAAACAAGUGAGAAGUGUCAGCUGACUGAUUCUAGACAUAUUUAUAUAUACGGGACAUAUCCAUAUAUUUAUAUAAGCAUUUUUGGUUGUGUAAUAAGCUCAGUGGCAGUCUAGUUAUUUUCUGAAGUACGGCAGCACUAUGACAUCAUCAUAAUCAUGAAUAAUCAUAGAUGUAUCAUUAGUUCAGAAGUACCAGUCCCCACACUCGGUUAUACACUCACCACAAAAACAGCCCGUCAAUAAAAGUCCCAUAAAAGGAAACUGUAUUUCUAUAGGAAGCUGUGUUCUAUACCGAUAGUGUUGAGAUUUUAAGAUGUGGCUUUUGUUUUGUUUCUUGUUUUUUUAGUUUUUGGGGGAUUUUUGUCAUUAUUGGAUGGGAAGUAUUUGUAAUUGAAAAUGAUGUAUGUUGAUUGAGCCAUGUGCAAUGCCUUGGGUAGAGAAACGUGUUCGUCUCUUAGAUUGUUAGAGGGUGUGAUAGGAGAGGGGAAGAUCCCCUUCAAUUAGUGUUUCAAGUCCGAAAGGUCCGGGACUCUAAACUAAAGGGCAAAGAGAUAAAAAAAAAAAAGUAUUUGUAAGUUUUGGGAAUUUUUUAUCUUUCCUUUUUUUUUUUUGCUUUUGUAAUUGUUUAUUUGUAAUGAUUUGUUCUUAAAUCUUGGGAGGGCUGAAGAAACAGUUUUGCAAACAUCAGAAUAUACAUAUAUAUAUCACUAAAUAAAACUGGUGCUUUUUAUGAAAUACAAUACAUUCAAACUCUAUUAUACAUAAAGUAAAAACAAGUGUUAUCAUAAGGCAAAUUUUAGGAAAAACAUGCAAUUAUUCUAUUGUUUAGUAUUAACAAAAGGGGGAGGGGUUCAUUUUAACCAAGCUUGUGACAAAAGGCAUUUUUUUCUCAUAUAUUUACUGCUAUUACAGCAAUGAUAAAUGUGUAGGCUUAAAUUGUUAGUUUCCAGUUUUUACAAAUCAGUAUUUGAUAGAAGUGACUGCACUAUGUAUUUAGCAACCCAGCGUGGCAUAAAUACGAACCUUAACGAUACAUGAGAAGUCUGCUUGCAGUGUAAAUCCAAGUCAAAAUCACAAAUCUAGUUCAGUGUUCAUGUUUGUACAUAGACAUUUCAAACGCAUCCAAACUGACAAGAUCUUCCUUUUCCUGGGAGAUGCUUUAAUAAGCUUAAAUGCCCUUAAAUAUUGUCAGUACACAAAAAACCCAGUGCAGUGCAGACAUGCACUUUUAUUGAUGAACUUCCAUCCCACAGCAUUCAGUCUGAACAGUGUUACAAAGUGAACCCCGCCCCCUCUCCCAAACCACCACCUGCUCCCUCCCAGUCUCCAAUGUAAAUGAUUCAAAAUAUUUGUUUUGUGAUGUAGUGUUAGACUCAGAGCAUCUUAAAGGUUGUCCCUAAAAGUGCCUUUUGUUCACAGAAUCCAUCUUGUAAUCCUGAGUGCCCUUCUCAAACCUCCCCCCCUCUUUCAACCUGCUUCUAUAUCCUCUCCUUCUUCCAGCUCUUUAAAGCAGUAUAUAUAGUACUAAAGGAAAUUGGUGUGACUUAGUUCUUCUUUUUAUCGUUGAUGAUUUAAAAAAAAAUGUAAAAAGACCAAAAAAAAAAAAAAAAAGCUUCUGUCUUGCUUUUCCUUCCUCUGUGCUCUAGUCUUCUGCCUCUCUUGGACACCGGAGUAGUCUGUAGUCGCAGAACCAUCUCUUUCCCCUUCCCCAUUUUCACUGAAUGGAGGGGUUUUUAAAGAAAAAAAAGAAAAAACUUUUGUCUGAGCAGAAUGCAGUUAGCUUACAUGUUAUUCUUGUCUGUAUGCUUCACAUUGUAUACCAUACCGAUCUCUUCAGCUUCUCCAUUGAACAGUAAAUGUAAGUGAACAAGUUACGCCAGUGGGCUCUGGUGGGAUGUCAAUCAGAGGGCGUAUGAGAAGGAUUUCAGCGCAGAGUGGUUUUAUAAUGAUAUCGCACAACAAUCUGGUCAAUAGGAAGUAUUGGAGCUGGGAAACAGAAUUAGGCUGCUGGGAUAGAAUAGACAUGUGAAUUGUUUUGAUUGUAUUUAUUUUGUUUGAUUUUUUUACCUAUUUUGGUGGCAGAUUUGUCACAUUAAAAUGUUUUUGUAGAUAAUGCACCUCUGCAUGGUUAUACGAGACCAGUUAUUUAAACUCUUUGAUUAAAAUACCUUAAAUGAUUAAGCACCUUAUUAUAGAAUGAGUUCAGUAGAUAAAGAAUAUGCAAACAGAAUUCGAACUCCCAGUUUAAUCUGCCAUUAUGAGCCAAGCCCUCAGAUCAAACUGACAUGCUGCAUGCCCAAAAACCCGUCCGGAGUGAGAAUUAAGAUGCCUUUCAAAUUGAUAAUGCACCAGCAAAAGGAGAAUCUCAGAUUGUUUCCCAAUGACAUAUGCAAACAUAAGGUCAGCGACAGGGUCAGCCAUGAUUACAGAGAAUGUAAAAGUAGCCUUAGUGUCGUGGACAAAACUCGGACCGGGUCGUGGUCCUUCCUUGCGCUGACUAUCCAUUUUUUUUUUAGCUUUUUUUGACUUUAUUUUUAUUUGUUUUUUAUUUGCAGUGUGCAGGAUAGUUGGAGGGGUGUAGAAUAGACUGAUUUCCCAGCAGCUGUUCUCCCUGCUUUUAGCUUCCUCACUAUAUGGAAAAGCAGCAGCUCUUUUGUAGACAUCCCCCCAGAGCUCAUGGUGAAAUGCAUGUGUUAAUUACAAUUUUUUUCCAUAAUAAGAAAAACAGUUUGUAAAGAGCAGCACCUUUAACUAAUUGAAUAAAAGGAUGUUCUUGACUGUAACAA